UAAAUAUCGAUGUCUGUUAGACACCUAUUUCACGAUGGACACGACGAUGGGGACCCCGAAGCCACCAAGCCGACUUUUAGUGGCGUUUGGACUUAUUUCCAACAUAGCAUGCUCAAUCAGCAUAGUUUUCGUCAACAAAUGGGUGUACAUCCACGGUUUUCCGAACAUAACAUUGACAUGUAUUCACUUCAUGAUAACUGGACUCGGACUUUUCAUUUGCGAAAGACUUGGGGUAUUCCAAAGAAAAAGUCUCCCCAUUAUCUCCAUGAUACCGCUGAGUUUAUCGUUCUGUGGAUUCGUGGCCUUAACUAACCUCUCUCUGCAGAACAACACAGUGGGAACAUACCAGCUGUUUAAGACGCUGACGAUGCCCUGCAUCAUGGUGAUUCAGACUUCUUUUCACGGCAAAACGUUUUCUUUGCCAAUCAAAUUGACUGCGAUCCCAAUAUCUGUAGGAGUCUUCAUCAACUCUUAUUAUGAUGUGAAGUUCAACAUCCUUGGGACAGUGUAUGCCUCUUUAGGUGUUUUAGUGACUUCAUUUUACCAAGUGUGGGUGGGCAGCAAGCAGCAGGAAUUCCAAGUUAACUCCAUGCAGCUGUUGUUUUACCAGGCCCCAAUGUCGGCCAUUGCUCUCCUUCCCAUCAUCCCACUGUUUGAAGAUGUCAUAGGUCUAAGUCCUAUGCUGCCCCUGAAGUCCAUACCACCAACAGUUUGGGGCAUGGUUUUCUUGUCCAGCUGUGUGGCAUUCCUGGUUAACUUGACCAUCUUCUGGAUCAUAGGCAAUACCUCCGCUGUCACCUAUAACAUGGUGGGCCACCUCAAGUUUGUCCUGGUGUUGUUGGGAGGUUUUCUGCUGUUCCGAGACCCUCUGGCCAUCAACCAAAUAGCAGGAAUUCUACUGGUGGUAGCAGGUGUUGUGACAUACACACAUUUCAAGCUAAAGGAGCAGAAAAAGCCCCCUCUACCAGUGGUGACUGAGGCCAAAGAUGAGCAGUAAUCAAAGAUAGUACAAAUUGGCCAUCAAGAACAGCUAAAUCUGGGUAAAGCCGACCAGAUUUGUCCAGUCUGUCGCUGUCAGCAAAGUGAUCAAUUUUAGGACAGUGUUUCUCUCUUGGUUACAGUAGGAAAAUUGUGUGUUUGAAUUUACAUUAUGGGAGCAAUCUUAGAGUU